AUACUGUACACACCAGUCGACGGCAUUAUUUUUUCAUAAUUUUAUUUUCUAGUAACUGUUUUAUAGAAUUGAUCAGUAUACAUAUUACUUGAAGAGAUUUACUUAAAUAUGAUUAUCAAAAAAAUGAUUCAAGGCAUAUUUAUUGCAAUCAUACCUCAACUCAUUGGAAUACAGGGUAUUCUCGAAAUCAAUAUAGAGGAUGCAUUGUGUCAAACUUUUAGUAAAGAAUAUUUCACCGAGCCAGAUGUUUAUAUAGAUGUUAAUAACCAAGCGUUUGUUAACUUUUCGAUAAUUAAACAAUUUCCGCCUGAUGUUCAGGCCCACUUUCAUUUACUAGGAGCAUCGAUGGGUGAAUAUGUCAUACAAACUGGAUUAGAUUUUGAGAUGGGCUUCUGUGGAAUGUUCGAUGAACCUGUCAUACUGGCUCCAAAUCUCAAAUUAUUUGGAUUUGUGGCGACCGAUUGUCCACCAUCUCCUGGAUAUUGGGGAAUAAUAGGAGCAUCAUUGGGUGAAUAUGUCGUAAACACAGGAAUCGAUAUACAAAUGCCCUUAUGUGACAUGAUAAAUGAACCUGUUAUCCUGGGCCCUCUUCUUCGUGUGUUUGGAUUUCGUGAAGAUAAUUGUCCACCUAAAAUGGGUGUUUAUGGCAGUGAAGGUUAUACUUUAUCAACAGCUACGUUCCCAGAUGAUUUUCCUCGCAACCAAUAUAAAUCACUUUUUGAACUUACAAUCGAGGGUAAAAAAUUAAUCAUCGUGAAUAUAUUCUUUGAAAUUCAAUAAAGCUUAGCGAAACUUCAAUGUCAUGCAUUUGAAUGUUGUCCAUUGAAGACAAUGUAAACCAAAUGUAAAAAUUUAAUUAAUUCGUCAUUAAAUAUUUAAUGAAAGUAUGGUCGAUUAUAGAAAAAUUACUUGACACAAAAAUAGUCUCAUUUUGCUGUUUUCUGUU